AUGACAAUUUGUGAUGUGAAUAUUUUGGGUAAGGGACACUUACACCACUACCAGAUUGUCUUCGAUUAUGUGUGGCCACUACCAGCAGCUGCUGAUGUUGAUGAUGAUGAUGAGGAUGAUGAUGAUGGUGGUAAUGAUGAUGAUGUUGAUGAUGAUGAUGAUGAUGAUGAUGAUGACGAUGAUGAUGAUGAUGAUGAUGAUGAUGAUGCAACAAGAGGCUGCAAGCACCUCGUGUAA